UCCCGCCGAGGUAUCGGGGAAACUCCGGAGGCGCCGCGGCCGCAGAAACAGCCGUUGAGCGUCUUCUUGUCGCUGCUCCGGCGGCAGCUGCGGAGAUGGGGCGCCUCAGCCCGGCGCGGUUGUGGCUCCUGGUCGCGAGCGUCACGUUGGCGAUCGCUUCGGACGCAGGGAUAGAUGAAACCAGCAAAUCAAAAGGGAGAACUUUCAUUCGUCAAGAGAUCAAUACAACCAAUACCUCCAAAGAGGCGUAUGGUGUGGAUGAUUUUGCAGCCCAAGUUCUUACUGGGAAACUGACCACAGUUUUCCUGCCUGUGAUCUAUAUUGUGGUGUUCAUCAUUGGCUUACCAAGCAAUGCCAUGGCUCUGUGGGUCUUCUUGGUGAGAACAAAAAAGAAGCACCCGGCGGUGAUCUAUAUGGCUAACCUGGCACUGGCAGAUCUUCUUUUUAUGGUCUGGUUCCCCCUGAAGAUUGCAUACCACAUUAAUGGCAAUAACUGGAUGUUUGGUGAAGGCCUUUGCAAAGUACUGGUCGGGUUCUUCUAUGGAAAUAUGUACUGCUCCAUUCUUUUUAUGACCUGCCUCAGCGUACAAAGGUAUUGGGUAAUUGUGAACCCCAUUCUUCACUCAAGAAAGAAGUCUGACAUUGCUGUGGGAAUUUCCGUUGCAAUAUGGAUACUAAUUUUUCUGGGCACCAUUCCGUUAUACCUUGUUGACCAAACGGUUUAUCUUUCUGACCUCGGCAUCACUACUUGUCAUGAUGUCUUGCCUGAGACGGUCUUGGCUAAUGACAUGUAUAAUUACUUCCUUUCUCUAGCAAUUGGGGUCUUCUUCUUCCCAGCUGUUCUUACUUCUGCUGCUUACAUUCUCAUGAUCAAGACUCUGAAUGCUUCCAUUACAGAUGUAAACAUUGGGAAGAAACGGAAAAGAGCAAUCAAGCUCAUCAUUACAGUACUUUGCAUGUAUUUGAUCUGCUUUUUGCCUAGCAACAUCCUACUGGUGGUGCACUACUCACAAAUCAAAAACCAACACGUUGGCAAUGUAUAUGCAUUGUACAUAACGGCACUGUGCCUGUCUACUCUAAACAGCUGCAUCGAUCCAUUCAUCUAUUACUUUGUUUCAAAAGACUUUAGGGGCAAUCUUAAAAAUGCACUUCGCUGUAGAAGUGUGCGAACCACAAAGAGGAUGCAAGUCUCCCUCUCUUCAAACAGAUACCUGCGGAAAUCCCCCUCUUACUCAUCUAGUUCAAACACCACUAAGUCGACCUACUAAGUAUAUAUGGGGAAGGCAGGAAAGCUUCGACAUGAUGGCAGAGAGCCUUCUGUUUUUUGAAAUGGAGCUCAAGCAAAGAUCCAAGCAUGCUAGAACUUGGUCGGAACUGGCGACUGCUGCUUUUGUUUCCCUAUGUGAACUCCAGUGGCUUAUGCUAACAUGCUUGUUCUCAAGUGGAGACAUAGGCAGUAGACCUGAUGGUGACGCUGUGCUUAAAAGAAAUCAGAAGGGCUCUGUUUUUGCAGACCAGUUGUGUGUAAAAAAAAAAAAAAAAAAGACCUCAAGUGUGUGCUGAUAAGCCAAGUGGACUAUUGUUAAUACCCCAGUACAUUGUAUCAGAAGAUAGCAGAAGUCUUGCAUAGUCACUGACCUGUUUAAUAGGAAAGCAGUCUUUAGUAGGGUACUCUUUGUUAAUAAGAGACGAAGUUGUAUCUUACAAUACACAUGUAGCAGUAUGGAAACCAGUUGUUCAUAUGUUUGCCAAACCUAUUUGUUGCCAAUAUAGGAAUCUAUGAAGGACUUGGAAGAUAGUGUUUUCAUCAUUUGCACUGAUCCAUGUACACCAUUUUAUUUUAAACAUUAUUUAAUUAGUAUUGUUUAUUUUGCAUGUAGCAUGUAAUGAUAUGCUUUUC